UCAGCUGACUCGGCAGCCUCGCGCUGAGUGACGGUUAGCCGCGGCCGUUGGAGCAGUAACGGUAGCGACGGCGGCGGUGGCCUGGGGGGGCGGAAGGAAGGAAGGAAGGGAGGGUCUCGGCCCGAGGGAGGCGCUAUGGCGACGACCGUCACGACUCAACGGGGCCCGGUAUAUGUUGGUGAGCUUCCUCAAGAUUUUCUUCGCAUUACCCCAACCCAGCAGCAACAGCAAAUCCAGCUGGAUGCCCAGGCAGCUCAGCAGCUACAGUAUGGAGGACCAAUGGGUACAGUAGGCAGACUCAGCAUUACUGUAGUACAGGCAAAAUUGGCAAAGAACUAUGGAAUGACCCGCAUGGAUCCAUAUUGUCGAAUACGGCUGGGGUAUGCUGUGUAUGAAACUCCAACAGCGCAUAAUGGAGCCAAGAAUCCCCGCUGGAACAAAGUUAUUCAGUGCACUGUUCCCCCGGGUGUGGACUCUUUUUAUCUAGAGAUAUUUGAUGAGCGGGCCUUUUCAAUGGAUGACCGCAUCGCUUGGACACACAUUACAAUUCCUGAGUCUCUGAAACAAGGAAAUGUGGAGGAUGAAUGGUAUAGUCUGAGUGGAAGACAGGGUGAUGACAAGGAAGGAAUGAUUAAUCUAGUUAUGUCGUACACGUCUUUGCCAGCUGCCAUGAUGAUGCAGCCCCAGCCAGUGGUCCUGAUGCCCACUGUAUAUCAGCAAGGAGUUGGAUAUGUGCCUAUAGCAGGGCUUGAGUACUUUGCUCUGGGGAUGCCUGCAGUCUGUAAUCCAGGCAUGGUACCAGUGGCAAUACCACCUCCUGCGGUCAACCCUCAGCACCUGUGUAAUGAAGAGGACCUGAAAUCUAUCCAGGACAUGUUUCCCAACAUGGACAGGGAAGUAAUCCGCUCAGUGCUAGAAGCUCAGAGGGGGAACAAGGAUGCAGCUAUCAACUCCCUGCUUCAGAUGGCUGAAGAAUCAUAGAUCCCUACUUCCUGCAUAGUCCCUGUCCUCAAUGCCACUUAUUUUUACUUGCCAAGCCAGGGAUUUAGCUAGAGGAAGAAUUUCCCAACAGCUUUCUGUUAGCGCAUCCUGUGUGAAAGAUUAUACCCCUUUUCUCCUUGGACAUUUGGAUCUUUUUCACUUUCUUUCUCAGUCUGUACAUAUUCAGUUUAGCUUAUGUCCUACAAUAUAGCAUUGAAGCAUCUUUACUAUCAGCUGUGCCCUGUGUGGCUAUAUUCUGAUGGGAUGGGGAGUAAUGCUGCUUUUUUUUCUUUCUCUCUCCCUUUUCAUAAACUUGUUCUUACAAAGUAACUCUAUGCAGUACAGGAUUUACUAGUGUUCGUUAGGUUGAAAAAAAUUUCCUUUCUGUGGAGGGUUUGCUCUUUAAACAUAACUGAUUCGUUUAAGUAUUUACGUUUCAUCAAGCAGCCUAUUUCUGCCAGAAAUUAAAAGAAAGACCCUUUCCUUGUCCUGUGGUGUUUAGUUAUUGCUGUGAUAUAUUCAACUGUUUCUGACUGAAGAUUUUUAAUUUAAUAAGGUAAAUUUCUUAGGUUGCACUGUUGGUAUUUGUAAUGAGCAUCUUCUAUUCAAUCUAGUCAUUGGGCACCAAAGCAAUAUAGUAUCUGGUGUGCAUUUGGGGCUUUAUCCUCCCAUAUAGUAUUGUUAGAUAUCUCUAAAAUCUUAACAGGUAACUUUUAACUUGUACAGUAUGUAUUGCUGUAGCAGAGAACAGGACUGAGCCCUAAUGUACUCGCAUGGUUAAUUGCACUCUAAUUACUACUUCUGCAUUCCCAUGGCUAUUUCAAAGAAUAAAUGCAGAAGGAAAGAUUUUUAUACCUGGAAAAUUACUGAAGCCGUAAACAAUUAUUUAAGGCGUUGUCUUACAUGAAAAAAGCAAAAGCUA